UGCGAACCUACCCCGGAUGUGGGAGCGGCUGGAGUAGAACGGAGAGUCUCUACCUCGGCGGUUCGGGGAGGCGGAACUGAGUCUUUUUCUUAAUUAUCAUGUGACGGGUUCUGGAUUGAAUGGGGGGGGAAAGUGUGGAAAAGGCCAAAGAUCCGAACUGGCGAGUUUCCUGAUCUUCACGGCCCUCUCCGCUCUCCCGCCGGCGGCGCUGCCAGGGUAUAUUUCCCUUUUCACAACUCUGCAACAGCCUCUUUAAACUGUUUAAAUGAGAAUGUCCUUGGCCCAGAGAGUACUACUCACCUGGCUUUUCACUUUACUCUUCUUGAUCAUGUUGGUGUUGAAACUGGAUGAGAAGGCUCCUUGGAACUGGUUCCUCAUAUUUAUUCCAGUCUGGAUAUUUGAUACUAUCCUUCUUGUCAUGCUGAUUGUGAAAAUGGCUGGACGGUGUAAGUCUGGCUUUGACCCUCGACAUGGAUCACACAAUAUUAAAAAAAAAGCCUGGUACCUCAUUGCAAUGUUACUUAAAUUAGCCUUCUGCCUUGCACUCUGUGCUAAACUGGAACAGUUUACUACCAUGAAUCUGUCCUAUGUCUUCAUUCCUUUAUGGGCCUUACUAGCUGGGGCUCUGAUGGAACUUGGAUAUAACGUCUUUUUUGUGAGAGACUGACUUCUGACUUCAUCUCGUUUUUGUUGCUGUUCAGCAAGCUAUCAUUAAAGUGUUCUAAAUCUUUGUAAGCUUCAAGAAUACCAGAGAACUGAGAAAAAUACCAAAUGUAGUUUUCUCUACUUUCAUAAUAUAGGCUUGGUGAAUCAUGGACUUCUAAUCAACCCAAAGCUUAACUAUUCAAUAUUUGAGUUAUUAAUAUCCUUAUUAUCCCUAUGUAAAUAAAGUUUGUU